AUGUCACACUCUCAACAAGAUACCAACAACGAUUUGGCCGUUGAGCCUACACAGUACGAGCACGUUUACCCUCGUGCUGCGCCGCAGAUUGUUCCGGUUGGAGUGUCUCGUUUUCGUGAAGAGAUGGAUGCGGAGGUCGUGGACCCGUUGACGGUUGGGGGCUUUGAUCCUUAUGUUAACCAUCUGCGGAUCCGAGCGAUAGGAGAUGUUCGUCGUGGGCAGAUAGAGCAGCCUCAGCGUGUUCGCGAUAUGAUGGCCAUGUCGCCAGUGCGCGGACUGGGGAAGAAGGAGAAGAAUCGCACUUGCGCCCCUAUUUCGGCGGGUGCGUGGAUAUCAUCUUUCUUCACUCUUUCGCGUGGGAAGGCGAUUCGUCAAACUACACAAGCUGCGCCAGCUCAACCCGUUCAACCCCAGGCUUUCGUUCCGUCUGAACCUACCGAUUCGGUCAUCCAGCGACCACUCCCAGCGGCAGUUCGUCACCUCCACCGUUCCAAUGCGGUCCGUCGUCUCACUGAGCAACCCCGAGAACCCAAGCCGGCACCCUGCCGUCUUCAGCGUUCCAAUGCCGUGCGCCGUCCGACUCGCCAGGAAUCUCUGGUUUCUGGUGGGGACCACUGGAUCCUCGGCCACUACCCCGGUGGCGAGGCCGAUGAGUACUAUCUGGCUGAGCUGGUAGUCGAACGGCCCCAGCUGACGUUGGUCACGGAUCCCGUACUCCAAGGACGGGAUGAUCAACGAGGUUCUCGGGAUCUUGCUGGAUGGGAGGAGCAGCGUUUGAUGAGCUAUUCGCCGUUGUCUGCUUCGGCUCUAUCUCCUGGCCAACACACACGCACAAGCCCCAACAUUGAGGUUCCCGUCGACGUAUCCCCAGAUAUCCCAGCAGCAGUUCCAGCCAGCAGACGUUUCUCUCUAGAUGAGGUUUCGCCCGAGGAGGUAGUGCCAGCGGCUGAUCGUUUCUCCCUGUCCGAUGGUGUCCCUGAGGUGAUUGCAUCAGAGCGUCGUUUCUCCCUAGACUCACGCUUCUCGGUAGGUUCUUCCGUCCGCAACGAGGGGCAGAGUACUGCCAAUGGAGCCAGCCACGAACCAAGUCGAGGUUCGUCGUUCACGGCCAUCACAGACAUGGGUAUGCCUGUGCUGCGUGGCGGUGGGCUCUGUUCCUCUGAAGGGGGUUCGCCUGUGGUUCGUGGCGGUUCGCUCUGCUCUUCUUCUUCCUCGAUGAGCGCUGUAGAUCAAGUGCAGCUCCCUGUUGAUGAGCCCGUCGAACAAUCUCUAUUCGAUGACUUCAGCGGGAUCUCGACCGAAGAGAUGCGAGCGCCCCAGGUGGUAAAUGCCAGCAGCGGAGUCUCAACCGACAUCUACCAGCCACGUCCCCAUCCUCCUACUCCACAGAUCGGACCACUCCGUCCAAUCUACAUGCCAGUAGCUCGAGCAGUACCUGAAUUCAUGGACGACCUCCGCCUAGACCCUGUCGUUGGCGGACGGCACAUGGAGUUUCGGCACGGGUCUGCGGAGUGA